GCAGCAGAAGAAGAUGACGAGAGCAACCCUUCCUCUGAACAUCUGAAUAUCUGGACUAAUAAUAAUCAAUAAUCGAUCAGACGGACCUCCGUGUCCUCGUUAAAGAUGUUGGUUCUCCAGCAGCUUCCGGCCGAGCUGUGGCUUCAGGUGUUCGGCUUCCUGUCCUGGAGCGACAAGUUGAACUUGCGCUGCACCUGCGUUCACUUCAGGCAUUUGGUGGAUAAGUCCCGCCCCCUUUGGCACGGGUUCAGCGUGGCCCUGCGGAACUUCUCCCGUUACAACCGGCCCUUCUGGCGGAGCCUGGCUCAGAGGCGCGUGGACAUCAUUUCGGUGCGUUCAGGUAAGAGGAAACACCUGAAGCAGCUCGCCACCUGGCUUCCUGCUCUCGGGGCGCUGCGAUUGGAUGACUGGAGGGAAGUGGGCGUCGAUGAGCUGAAGCUGUUCCAAUGGAUGCAGCGUCUGUCUGUCACUUCCUGUUCCUCGCCGCUGAAGAACAUUGACUUCCUGUUUUCCCUGAGUCAGCGGUUGUUGGAGCUCAGACUGUGUAACGUGAAGCUCACCUGUCCCGCAUCUCACCUGUUGGCCGCACUCAGUCAGCUGACUCAUCUCACCUCUCUGCAGCUGCACCAUGAUGGCAGUCUGAGAGUCCCGACGCUGAGCGGUGUCCUGACUCACCUGACUGAGUUGAAACACCUGUCCUGGACCAUGAUUACCUACAGAACACUGUCACGUGACUUCUUCAGCCCCGCCCACCUCACAGGUGGUGGCGCUCUGCAGCUGUCUGACCUUCAGUUGUUGAACUACGACGCCGUGGUGACACAGGAAGUUCUGCAGCCUUUGUCCCGCCUCCUCAGCCUGUCAAUCUUCCACCUGUACUCCGUACCUGGUCCCAUUUGUCACCUGCAAACAUGGCUGACGUCACUGCCGCAGCUCCGCAGCCUCAGUGUGCACGGAGGCCAUCCUCUGGCGGUGUACGCCGAAUUCCUGCCAUCCUCCCUCCUCAGUCUGACUCUCUGUGUGGACCUGCAGCCUGAAGACCUGCAGGUGGUUUCGCACAGAGCUCCUCACCUGGAACACCUGCACCUGGAACCCUGGAGCUCCUCUUCCGGCCUAGUUAGACUCCUCCCACAGCUGUUCCCUCACCUGAGGACACUCCGGAUCAGACAUCAUCACCUGUCGGACAGUGACUUCAUGAAUCUGCAGCAGCUUCAGCAUCUCGUCACUCUGGAGGUUCUGGAUUCAUUCUACAAACCAGACCCAACGGACCCGAGCCGGGUCGUCUACCAGCCGAGUCCUCGUCUGCUGCAGCUGAUCUCUGACCUGCAGAAACUGACCAAUCACAGAGUACGAGUCAUUACUAGCUCACACAGAGACCCGCUCUCCUGCCACUGUGUCUGACCAAUCAGAGAAGACUGUGACAUCACCUGUGGGGGCGGGGUCAGUUCUCAGUUGAGCCGUUUGACUACAAAUCCAAAUCAUUUAUUUAACAUGUUUGUUGGUGGGAAAUUACUAAACGUUUAAAUGUUAUUGACACAAAAUGUGCCUUUUCUGGAUAACCUGUCAUUGUCAUCACCGCUGCAUUAAGGGUAAAGUGGCCCAACGUUACCAAAUGAAUGAACUAGAAAAUGCAGUGGAAAGCUGAAAAAAAAUGUCUUAAAAAUGUUGAACCACACCGAUGAAAACCUAGAAGUUUAAAUGUAUAACUGGCAGAAUGAGUUAAAUCGUUUUAUCUAAAGAAGCUAAAUUACAAUGCAGGAAAAUCUGGAAGAUAAACAAUGUUGCUGUCAAAGUUAUAGUACCAAAAGUACAACUAUUGGUAGUAUUAUUAAUAUAAAUUUAAUAGCAGUGGUUGUAGUAAUGGUUGAAAUAGUAGUAGUAGCAGUGAAAGUAGUAUUAAUAAUAGUUGUAUUGGUAGUAAUAGCAGUAGGAGUAGUAUUGGUGGUAGCAGUAUCGUAAUGGCAUUUGUUGUAGUGGUAUUAGUAAUAGUUUUAUUACUAGUAAUAGUAAUUGCAGUAGUAGUAAUAUUUGUUGUAGUAGUACUAGCAUUAGUGGUAAUAGUAGCAACAGAAGUUGUAGCAGGAAUACUGGUAAUAUUAGCAGCAGUAGUUGUCGCAUUAAGAAUUUAAACAAAAAAAGCCCAAUUCUGAGGUUCUUGUUAAUCAAUGGGGCUUUUAUUUUGAAAGGGUGGGAGUGGGUGAGGAGACUAUCAGAAUCAAAAUCUCUAAAACCUCAGUGACUGUGUGAGAGACAAGAAGUAAUACUAUCGUCAUCUGUGUAGAUCAAUCUGCACUAAUUAGCUCAUAAUCACCUGUGUGCCUGCCUGCAUCAAAGGUUUCCAUAGCGAUGUAACUUCAAAGAGAAACCGGUCCACCGGCUUCACAUAAAGCUGAGGAGAACCUACAUACUGAGCUCCUGUUGGACAUAAAGCUGAGGAGAACCUCCAUACCGAGCUCCUGUUGGACAUAAAGCCGAGGAGAACCUCCAUACCGAGCUCCUGUUGGACAUAAAGCCGAGGAGAACCUCCAUACCGAGCUCCUAUUGGACAUAAAGCCGAGUUAUUCCUAGACGUGUACUAGUUUGAGAUAAAAUGAUAAGGACCUUUUCUCUGUACAGAACAUGAAUGUAGUUGUCCUUUAUGCCGAUGACACCUCGUCAUCUACAGGAAUGAACUGCUAGUUUACUGCCACACCGAUAAGUUGCAGUUAAUAUCACAGAACAGCCACUUUAUUUUAAUACUAUAGAAUUGUGCUUAGUGACCAUUGACGUGUCAAUGGUCAUCAGUUCAUCCAUAAAAGACAGUUUAUUUGACCCAAACGGAUUUAUGCUCUAUAACGAUCUAACUAAAACUAUAUCUGAAUACAACUGAACACAAAUAUAGAAAACAGACUUUUAUUUUGAAAUUACAAACAGACUCUGUUGAGGUAUUUACAACUGAAAGAACAAAAAAUAAUAAAAUGUAUACAAAAACAAAAAAGUCCUUUUCUUUGCGUGUCCAUUAUUGUAAAACUCAUGAGGGAUUUGCGUUCAGGCAGGUGUGAA